AGAGAGCCUGUGUGUUCGUUCACCUCCUAAUCAGUUUUCCUGGGGGAUCUAUCAGCGGCUGCACGAUAGCAGGGAAGUAGAAAGCGAAAUAAGAAGACCUACUCCCAUCACAAAUUUGAGCCUCAUACAAAUUACAGAAAUGGAUGCCCCCCUUUCAACCCCCUGUAAUAUCCAGAUUUGUGAGGUGACCUGCGACUCCUUCCGGAUCGUGUGGGAUAUGACCCCCGAGGACACGGCCAGAGCCACACACUUCUUCAUCGACCUAAGCCGCAAAGCCAACAGGGACCCCAACCGCUUUAAACACAGGGAUGUGCCAACCAAGCUGGUGGCCAAAGCCGUGCCCCUCCCCAUGGCAGUGAGGGGACACUGGUUCCUCAGCCCGCGCACAGAAUACUGUGUUGCUGUUCAAACUGCUGUCCGACAGCCAGAUGGUGACUAUUUGGUGUCAGAGUGGAGCCAGGUGGUGGAGUUUUGCACUGGGGACUAUGCCAUGGAACACCUACAGCAGCUUCUCGACAAGGCCAAGGGCUCAGCGGGGAGGCUGCUGAAAUUCUCUGUGUUUUAUCGCAACCAGCACCCAGACUACUUUGAUUAUGUCAGAAAGGAGAGUGGAGGUCUGAUGCGUCCGGCCCUAAAAGACAGCAGUGGGAGUCAUGGCUCUCCCAUCAGUGGCAAACUGCAUGGAGUCUUCUUCAGCUGCAACACAGAGUUUGACACAGGCCUACCUCCCAAAGACUCUCCGUACGGACCCCUGCGGUUUCAGAUCCCAGCUGGGCACCUCCUGAACCCUGACAUCUGCCUGUAUUUUGCAGACUUCUACUGUAUGUACACAGCCUACCACUAUGUGGUGCUGGUGCUGGCCCCUGCUGGCUCAGAGGGAGACGCCUUUUGUCGCACCCGUCUCCCUAUGCUGGACUUGGCUUCCAACCCCUUCCUGACCUACACUGCCCCCCAGAGACCGGGGGAGGAGCCCCUGUACUGCCACGCCAGCGACGUCAUUCUUGAGGUGCUGUUCACCGAGCCGGUUCCUUUGGAUCAGGGCAGCGUGGAGCAGAUCAGCGGGCACCAGCUUAUGAGUCUGACCACCGCCAAUGCCAAGAAAGACCCGAGCUGCAAAGUGUGCAACAUUAGUGUGGGGCGCUGAGGGAAGUGCUGAUGCAUGACAAAAACUUGGAAGUGUGUGAACCUGCAGUGAAAACAGACGCUGUGAUGCAAAAGAUAGCUGAGCCCAUCGUGUGUAGGUUAGAGCACUGUGGAAAGACUCACCUCUCAGGGUGCGCUCGUGCUGCUUUCCCUCUUCCCUCCUGCGUGGAGCAGAUAGUGUAUUUAACUAGAAAACUUUUAAAAUGUGUAUUGCGUUAUUCCAUCCUAAUCACAGCUGGAAAUACAAUGAACGUGCAAAACAAGCACUGAAAACACAACAGGCUUAAGAAGACUGGAGAAAAUGAUUUUCUUCAUGGUGUCAUCGUGGUGAUGUGUCGCAUCUUUUUCAGCAAUUUCUAUUUUUUUCCCUCGAUGUAUUUUUUUGUUUGUUUGUUUUACUAGACUUGAGACCUUUUUCACAGCUGACAUUUUGACUUGUCACAGUAGGGACAAAACAGGCGUAAUAAUGAUGGAUGUGUGGAUGCUGGCUCAGCUUUAUGGCUUACUGGGACACUUACUGGACCUCAGCCAUCAUCAGUCCUCCAGUGCUUUCUCUACUGUGACAAGUCAAACCAGGUUUGAUGACAUGUAAAACAUUUUUGUUUUUUCCAGUAAGAGAUUAUUCCUACUUGUUGUGAUCCCCUCUCAAAAAUCCACUGCCACAUAUGUCUCCUGCAAAAUUAAGUCAGAUUGUCUAAGCAGUGAUACUACAUUGAAACAUAAACUCUAGUUUAAGAGCAUCCUCGAUACUUUCCUGCUUUACUUUAAUCAACUAUAAAGUUGAUUGUGAAAGUCAGAGCAUAUACAUGUUGCAGGAAAGACUUUACUGCAGAACAGUAUGAUACUUUGUAACAGUUACAGCCAUUAGAAGGAGGUUGGGUGUUUGAUCAUGUAAGAGUAGGUAAUGAGGAAGCUCUCAAAGUUCCCUGCAGUAACUCUUUGGCAGCUGUGCUAAGAUUAGCUGCUCCUGCUACUGGGCAUCUGUUUGUCCCUGCCCAGUAAUGUCUGCCCUAUAUGGGAAUCCCAGAAAUGCCUAAAGUGAAAGGGAUCCCCUCCCUGUCGCACAACAGUAACUCAUCCUGUGGUGAUGGGCCAAAAUGCAGGACAUGCCAGCUGAGCGUGGACUGAAAAAUCAGACAGCGUGUGAUGCUUAAUGUGAAAGAAUGGUGGAAACUGACAACAAAACAGCCCUGUAUUAAAGACAUUUUUAAAAUACAAAACUGUCACUAAUUUGUCUAAAAAGGAAUAAAAAUAAAAGAAGUAACAUUUCACAGAAAAAAAUCAAAACAGAAAAUAACCACUACACUUUCACUCAGAACUGGCAUAGUAUGCAUGAGAGAAAAAAAAAAGGAGGGGGGGAUCACUUCUAGGUUGAGUGCGUCAUGCCCUUUCACUCAGAUUCUUCCCAUGGCACAGAUGUGAGUUCACACUCACAGUAAUGCCGUAAUUCUGCCCGUUGUUAUUGUCCCAGAAAGCCUCGCUGUACCCUCCUGGCAAAUAACUUAAACAAAACUCAAUGUUCCUUUUGGCAUCUAGCACUUUAGGAAUGGAAUGUCAAAUUCAAAGAUGUCCGUCUGAGGUCCUCCAAAGCGUUUCUGCAGGUACGCACAGGGCACGUCUCUGUAGCUCUGCCAGGAGUCAAAGGUGAUGCGCACACGCACAUCUUUCCGGUAGCUGACAUUCCUGACUCUUGCGGUUCCUUUGAGGGCCUGUUCACUGAUACUGCAGUUCUCCAAGAUGACCAUGCUCUCUGCCAGCUUGGCACGAAAGGCCUGGAAAUCUGCAGAGGGCUGCGGGAAACCCAGUUUGAGACGUGUUCCUGGGCAGCAGGUGCUGACGGUGCAGCUGUAGCCAUCCUCCGUCAUGCUGCCCAAAGACUGCAGUGAUGGCAGCAGGUCGAGGUCAGACUCUUCUUCAUCAGAAAACACUCGCACGGCUGUUAGAGACAAUCCCUGUGUGUCGGCAAAAACCACACGCUUGUUCUUGAUUGGGAACAACAGAUCAUCGCCAUCGUGCGGGUCAUCCAGCAAAGGUGAGAAAGGAUGGAGCAGAAAGGCUUGGCUCAAGACAUCAGAGGAUAACUGCUCUGAAACUGGAGGACGGAUGCAGGAUCGCUGGGGUUUUAGGAUGGGAACCCAGACAUGAGGACACAGUUGUUUACGCUGGUUUAAGCACAGCCUGACGGCAAUCUCCAGAAGUCCAGCUGACCGAGCCAUCGACCCAAAGCCGACAACUGGCAGGACACUAGCAAGAAACACACACGGAUCUCAGUUUGGACUGGAAAUGUUAAUAUGCUCGUGUAGAUUGCAGUUGUGCUGUUCUCUGUUUUUGAGGCGUGGUUUGAGGAAGGCAUCACAACAUGAAUGUGAUCUGAUACCAAAAAAAUGAUCAUUUCAAUUUAAUCCCUAAAGAAGUUGUGCAAACUAAUCUGUACAGUUUGUGUGUGUGUGUCUUGUCUCAGUGCUUACGAUGUACUGGACAUCUCCAUGCUGGUUUUCUGAUACUGAGUGAUGGGAAUGUUGUUCUCAAUGUUUGGAGUUCUGGAAAACAGAAAAAACCUGUCAGAAUUACAACAGACAAAAUCUGUUUUUAAAAAAAAAAUCAAGUUGCACACAAAGAUCGAUGUGUGACAACAAGCAUCAGUCUUUGUGUGUAAUUCUGAGUUGUAUUCUAAAUUUUUGCUUACACUCUCCCAUGGGCAGCGUGUUGUAGUGUGCGGUCAGUUGUUCCCCACAGGAGAAUCUGGCGCAGCACAUUUAUAUCACCUCAGUUUUGAUGUCAUAUUGUUUACCCCACCCUCUUUACUGUCCUGGCCAACCAGCUUGUGACUUUGUGUUUUCCUUUAGAUUUCCCUAUAGUACUGAUCUCAGAUCAUUUAUGCCACCAUUUUUAAUAUUUAAAUAGGUUUUAUGUUUUUAUAGGCUGCCAUUACUGAGCCUAAUCCAAUGUUUUACUUAUGGGAAAGACACAUUUUGAAUACACCUUAAUGUUAACUGUGAAAAUGUACAUGAAGUUACAUAUUUGUAUCAUCACCUUACACCUUUAUUGUCCAGUGUUAACGAUGUGCAUUAACUACAUAAAAAUGUGUUGUGUGUAAUUCCACUCUGCAUUAUGGAAACUAUCCAGGUCAUCCUGCCAUCUAUUCCCACACCUGUUAGCAGACACAGAUCCCACAAGAGGGCUGGGCAUGGUUCCAAACCUUUUCUACCUAGCGCCUGCCCUGACCUAAAGGGAUCACUGCCCCACAGUCCAUGUGUAAACCUGAGGAGGGCCGGAUUAUAGACAGCUCUCAGCAGGCCAGUCACCUAGCCAAGGAAGCUAUUCAGGAACCACUCCAUGUACGCAUACAAGCAUAUCGAGUUCCACACACAGAAGACCCAUCUUUACAGAGACGCCCGGAGCCACCAAACUACAGGACACUUCUGAACUCUGAAUUAGUGUGAAAAAUGUGAAUAUUUCUGCAAAGUCUAAAAAAAUAUCAGGUGUAGUGUUUAAUAAAUGCAGUUCUUUCACAGUCAA